AUGGCCUCCACGCCCCGGCCAUCGCUACGCGAACCAACACCCAGCGGUUCUCUCCCACCACCCUCCCUCAAAUCAGCUGUCUCACGCACCUCGCCCGCGCCAGCCGCAUCAGCAGCAGCGCCGCCAACACUCGCGAAACGGCUUCUCUUCCCGCACUUGCCGCCGGCAGCGCCUUUACCUCCGCUACUCGAUGACCCCGCCCUCGACGCGGAACUAUACGACCUCCUCGCACUGGCUCUACGCGCGUUCGUGAACCCGUGGUGGACGCGCCUGACGCGUUACGACCGCUCGUUCUUGCCGCAUUUGACGGUCAUUCUUACGCAUGUCAUACGAGCUGUCGCGGCGAGGGCUAAACAGGCCGAUUGGGCUAUGCUGGUUUAUGUGACGCUCCCGUCGUUGGUGAAUCAGCAUUAUUUGGAUUAUCGGACGGCGCAUGCAAGGAGGGGGACGGCGUAUGCUGCGGGAGGAGCGGCGAGCGCGAGGGCGCUGUUUCAUGCUCAGCAGGCGCAUAUCGGUGUUCGUGAGGACGGGACUCUGGACGGAGUGUACGUGCGCGCGGUACUGGAUGGAGUCUUGCGGGCAGUACUGCCGCCAGAGGACUGGGAGGCAGAGACGGAGAGGGCGAUUGUGAAGGAGGUCGUGGGGAUGGUCGUGUGUCGGAGCGUCGCGCCGCGUAUUACGCAGGGAUGGUUCCUGUGGAAGCUCGCGCUGGACUUGAUGGGGCCAGCCGUACCGGUGGAGGCGAAGGAUGCCAGAGCAGGAAAGAAGGAAGAGGAGGAGAGGAAAUGGUUCAGCGUCCAAGUGCUGAUUGUAUUGGUGCUACGAGCCGUGAACUCUCUGUCACGAGUAGGACUGGCGAUCAUGCACGCGUACAAGUCGUUGAAGCAUACGGUGAAGCUCGUCAACGAGUCACCGUACGGACAACGAACGCGUCCGCCAUUGACGCGCAAGACGACCCCGGACGCUGAGAAGGCGGACGAGAAGCCAGAGAAGGCUGGUCCGGUCGCGUCAGUCUUGUCGCAGACGACACAAUCGAGCUCGAUACACUCCGUACCAUCGUCGUAUUCUGCCUCUAUACCCACCGUCGCACCCACCGGGACAUCAUCUACGAAAGCCGAGCCCCAACCCACCAACUCUGACGAGGAUCUCGCUUUCCCCUCUCUCGUUCUCCUGGGCACCAUGUUCUCAAUCGGUUCACGCUUUGCCGGUACUGCCGCACACACACUGCUAUUCAUGCUCUCCGCUUUCUUUGGGUCCUUUCUCGAUCGCUUUCUCCCUUACAUCCUGUACACCCGCGUACUCUCAUUACCGAACCUCGUCAACGUCGUAUCCAUCGCGAAGCGCGCACUCUUUCCGAAUGGAUACCCAGCUCAGGCGCCACCCGAUCCCACGCCUGAGGAGCAAGCCGUUAUGCGAGCAUUACUUGCGCAACGGAUCGUUGACAGGAUACCCCCUGCCGUUGCACCAUUACUGCUCGGACCGCCAGAGCAACGGCUUGCUACAGCAGACGCGUUGCUCGAGCCGCUUAGCGAUUCUGCAUGUAAUGCACACCUCUUCGUGCUUAUCCUGGAUGCCGUCCUUCUUACGUUGUUUCCGGAAAUGGGUGUGGGCGGGGGUGAGAGUAGUGCGGGUGGCGAGGGAACUAGUCUUCCGAGCUAA